GAGAUGGUGGUGCGCUAUCGCAAGAAGAAUAUCGCCAAAAUGCAGACAUUGAAACACUCGCACACCACCAAAAUGAUCAAACGUCAGAUCAAGAACAUCAACACAGAUGUGACGGUUGUUAAGCUGUUGCGCAAAGAGGAGGAAUUGGUCCGCAUUCAGGACAGAAUACUCCACGACUUCGGCAUCAAACGAGAGGACUUUGAGGGCCGGUUCGACAUCCACACCAUUGUGGGAACGGAAGCCGAGUUCCUGUCCACACAUUUGGAUAGAGUGACUGAAAUACUCAAACAAAAAAUCUGAAACUUAUCCGUCCAUUAAUUUUUUGCAAUUAUUUUUAAUCGUUAUUAAACUUCACUUUUUAAUAUACAAUUGAUUACAACACAAACUAUUUUUAUUAUACAUAUAUUUUUAUAAUCAUUUUAUACACAAAAUAAUUUUUUGAUAACUA